CCUCCCUCUUCGCCUCUCUCUCUCUCUCGUUUUCUCUCUCUCCUCCUCGAGCUCCCGGCUGGCUGCCGCUCCCUCGCGCUCUCCUUCCCUCUCUCCGGUGGGCUCCACCGAGCAAUGAGAGCUCUGGGAGGCAGCGCCGUCGCCGCCUGCUAGAGACCUGCCCUCGGCCCGGCCCCCUGCCCGGCCCUUCCCUGCGCGCGGGGGUCGGCGAAGGCGCCGCGGACGCCAGACGGCUGAGGACCGGCGAUGCACAUGCACUAGCGGCACCCCUCACUCACUCCCUCCACACCCCGCAUCGCCGCCGCCGCCGCCUCCUCCUCCCGGCAGCAGCGGCAGAAGGACCCACCCUGCCCCCCACCCCACCCUCCGCCGGCUCCGGCUGCGGCUCCAGCCUCGACUAUUUUAUUUAUUUUGGGUCGUGCACAAGCCUCAGUGCCUGCAGCCCGCGCCUCCCCGGCCCGCGGGCACCUCCUCCUUCACCUCCGGAGCCCCAGACCCCGGCAACCCUCGUCUCGACACCCCCAGACUCCCUCCAGCUGCUGCGAGUCUCCGCUGCUGGAAUUUUGUUAGCGGCUGUCUUUUUUGGGGGGGUCUUGGUUUCUCGACAUUUUUGUUUUCAGCCAAGGGGAGGAUAUCGUGAUUUUAUCCCCUCUGAGCCAGACUCUGCUCUCUGGGGGGGUGGGGGGGCUCGCCGAGCCGGAGAGCCGUGCCAGGCAGGUCGUGCGGGCUGUGGCAGGGAAGGGGCCACCAUGGGAUGUACUCUGAGCGCAGAAGAGAGAGCCGCCCUCGAGCGGAGCAAGGCGAUUGAGAAAAACCUCAAAGAGGAUGGCAUCAGCGCUGCCAAAGACGUGAAAUUACUCCUGCUGGGGGCUGGAGAAUCGGGAAAAAGCACGAUUGUGAAGCAGAUGAAGAUCAUCCAUGAAGACGGCUUCUCCGGGGAAGACGUGAAACAGUACAAGCCUGUCGUCUACAGCAACACUAUCCAGUCCCUGGCAGCCAUCGUCCGGGCCAUGGACACUCUGGGCAUCGAAUACGGUGACAAGGAGAGAAAGGCCGACGCCAAGAUGGUGUGCGAUGUGGUGAGUCGGAUGGAAGACACUGAGCCCUUCUCUCCAGAACUGCUCUCUGCCAUGAUGCGACUCUGGGGUGACUCAGGAAUCCAGGAGUGCUUCAACCGGUCCCGGGAGUACCAGCUCAACGAUUCUGCCAAAUACUACCUGGACAGCCUGGACCGGAUCGGGGCCGCGGACUACCAGCCCACCGAGCAGGACAUCCUCCGAACCAGGGUCAAAACCACCGGCAUCGUAGAAACCCACUUCACGUUCAAGAACCUUCACUUCAGGCUGUUCGAUGUCGGGGGCCAACGGUCCGAACGCAAGAAAUGGAUCCACUGCUUUGAGGACGUCACGGCCAUCAUCUUCUGCGUCGCACUCAGCGGCUAUGACCAGGUGCUCCACGAAGACGAAACCACGAACCGCAUGCAUGAGUCUCUCAUGCUCUUCGACUCCAUCUGUAACAACAAGUUCUUCAUCGAUACCUCCAUCAUUCUCUUCCUCAACAAGAAAGAUCUAUUUGGCGAGAAGAUCAAGAAGUCACCUUUGACCAUCUGCUUCCCUGAAUACACAGGCCCCAACACCUACGAAGAUGCAGCCGCCUACAUCCAAGCACAAUUUGAAAGCAAAAACCGCUCACCCAACAAAGAAAUUUAUUGUCACAUGACUUGUGCCACAGACACGAAUAAUAUCCAGGUGGUGUUCGACGCCGUUACCGACAUCAUCAUUGCCAACAACCUCCGGGGCUGCGGCUUGUACUGACCUCUCGUCCUGUAUAGCAACCUAUUUGGUAAUGAUUCCAGCACUCACAGAAAAGCUUGCACACCUGCGCGUGCACACACACACACACCACUAACAAAUGCAAGUCGGUUAAAAUAUGUAAAAGGCAUAACAAAAACAUAUAGACAAAUAUAUAUUUAAAAAAUCUUUUUAGUUUGUAUUAGAAAGAGCUGCGAACAGAACUGACCACCAUUCCAUGGCUCAAGAUUUUCCUGGGGCCAGCACGUGAGCAUGCACAUAUCUGUGUACACACUCUCACACACACACACUUCACGAAGCGAGCACUGAUUUGGGAGUCCAUCCUUCCAAGAGCAACCGCGUGAGUUGACUCUGAGACCCGCUUCUGUGAGCAGGGAAGGGCCUCGCGCUAGUCCGGCAGCUUCUCUGCUUUCCACCCAGAGGCGGUGUGCUCUCGUUCUGUCCCGCUCUUGGGCAAAUUCCAAAACUGUUUCAAAAACACCCGACACUACUAAGCAUCUCCCUACCCUAGGCCCCCAACAACAAUUCGAGGACACUUCUGGUGGUAGAGGUUGAUUUCAAGAAUUUAGAAGAAUCAUUGCUCUGAGCAAUCCACUGUCUCCUGAGUCUUCUUUAUUCCUGUUAAUAAGGCAAAAGUCAGAGGAAAGGGAGCCUGCUUUCUAAAGCAGCCAGGUCAGCUCCAAUUCGCCUGCAGAGUUGCCAGACCCCUCUGAGAUGCACUUGGGAAGCAGGGGCGCAGGAGUGGCCAAGGGGGCCGGAUUGGUAAACUCGUCCCAGGGUCCUGGCACAGGCUUCACUUGGGGUCAUGUGAAAUUGCUCCAUUUUGCUCCCCCCUCCCAACAUUAUGAAAAAUGUUCUAGGGUUUUUUGGUUGGUUGGUUGGUUGGUUUGUAAAAUCAAAGAAAAUGGUCAGACCAGACCCCCUUAUCUCUCUCUCUGCAGACUGCUUCACGGACUCUUUGCUGUUGGCGUUGAUCUCCUGGUAGCAUGACCUUUUGGCCUUUGUAAGACACACAGCCUUUCUUUAUCAAGCCCCUGUCUAUCCUCCGACCCCAGAGUGACUGACGGCUGUGUAUUUCUGUAGAAUGCUGUAGAAUCCGGUUUUAGUUGAGUCUUUACAUUUAGAAUUUGAAAGAAAAAAAAAAAAAAGAACAUUUCUCAUGUGCUUUGUAGCUUACAGAAAGAGGAAAAAGGAAAAACCACCAUUUCAUCCAUAUUUCUUUGUUUUUGAAAAAAACUAACACAUCUCUCCCACCUCAGAGCACACCCCCCUGCCCACCUGCAGAGGGGGCCGCGGUGCCCAAGUGGGUUUGCAGACACGAGUUUGUGGGGAGUGUGCUCAGGCCGGGCUUGCGGCCCUAACAGCACCCAGCGAGCGGGGGAGCCUGCUCUCCCCAGCCCUAAGCCCCCGACCACGCACUCACCCCAGGUUUGUAUAGAAAAAGCACAGCUCUCACUGGCCAGUAGCUGCCAAAAAGAAUAACUAUCAUAUAUAUAAAUAUAGCCCCAAAGGAAAGAAUUCUCCUACCAACCCCCUUUCUAAAGAUUUCCCUUGUAAUUUUGGUUGGUGUUGGGUUUUUUUUUUUUUUAGUUUUUUGUUGUUUUUAUUUUGUCCUGAUGAGUACUACGUAUUACAUACCAGAACAGCUUUCAUAGUCUUUGGGAAAUGGGGUUGCGGUUGUAUUUUCCUUUUACUUUUGAGAUUUCAGUCUUUCUGGCGGAUGCUCUCCUUUUGUGUGUGUGCUCCUCCUCCACCUUUUCCUUUGUUUCAGUGACCUUUGUUCGCUCUUUCUCACAUGGGGAUGUUUGUGUUGCAGAUAAAAAGAACAACAACAAAAAUUUUUAAAUACCACGAGAUGGAAAAAAAAAAACAAAAAGAAAUUUUAAAAAAAAAGAUGGAAUGUAGUGUUUCCAUUAAAGCCACAGUUUUCAUGACCAGUCCUAUGUCAUUUCUACUUUGACUAGUCUCCAAACCCCAAACCUCUUCAUGGUUUCACUUUUAAGACUUAAUAUUUGCUGAAGAAGACCAGUCACAGCCAUUUCAAAGUAAAGAGAGGGCAAAAAGACAAAACACACAAAAAAUUUAAAAUACAGAAAAAAAAACCUUGAAAAAAAAAGGAAAAAAACUAAAAAAAAAAAAAAAAAAAAAAA